AUGUCCGCUGUUCAACUCAAGUUCAACCUGCGCACCUCGUCCAACGUCAAGACGGUGCACCUGCUCGGAUCGUGGGACAACUACUCUCGCCAGAUUCCUCUGUCUCGCGACUCGUCCAAGCCCGGCUCGUGGGUGGGCAAGUUCCGCUUCCAGACCUCCAUGCUCAAGCUCGGUGGCCGCUACUGGUACUACUACAUCCUCGACGGCUACCACGUCUCGCACGACCCGGCUGCCGACUACACCGUCGAGCCCACCACCAACCGCAAGCUCAACAUCCUCGACGUCCCUGGCGGCAAGGAGCCUGCUCCCUCGUCUCGCCGUCCCCGCCGCGGCUCGUCCGACAUCGCCACUGGACGUGCCCUGUCGCCCUCCAAGAUCCAGCACCCCAAGCCCAGCAAGCCCUACGCCUCCCGCCAAAUCCGCGAGGCCGACUUCGCCCCCUCCCACGCCAUGGACGAGCUCUCCCGCCGCUUUGAGUCCUCUCGUCUGUCCGACGACGACUACAGCGACCUGUCCCGCUCCCCGCCGUCCUCCGUGGGCUCGUCCCUCUCGUCCCGCAGCAGCGGCAGCACCUCGCCCAGCUCGCUCUCCAGCAUGUCGGACCCGCCCUCCGUCUGCCACUGCGAGCGCUACGGCAUCACGCGCAAGGGAGACCGCGUCAAGCUGGACUGCGGUGGUUCCCGCUGUGGAUACCUCACCGAGUCGUCUGAGGACUCUUGCUCUGAGGACAGUGACAGCGACGAGGAGUACCGCCGUGCUCGUCGCGGCGCGAGGCGCCAGGGUAUCGUUGUCCGUCGGUAG